UGAGAUCUUGAGCCGAGGAGCGAACAAGAACAAAAACAAGAAGAAGAACAAAAUUGGCUGUGUCGUUUGGAAGAGAGAGUGGAAAAAGGGUCAUAACUGCAGCAGAUUCAGAAACAGAGAUUAAGUGGGGCGGAGAAAGGCAUGGCGGCGCUGCAGACAGAGCUGUUAUUCUCCGCCAUAAAUGCCACUCUCAGACACAAAGGAGGCCAGAAAUUCAAAGCGUGAUUAACUCUCAGCCACCACCAGCUACCAAUUUCUUUCUUCUUUCAGUUGAUCACCCAGGGGUUGGACCCUCUGAUUAUGGAUAUUAGGUCACCUUCAGGUUCUUCUGGCUCACACCAACAAUGUCAAUGUCUGGUUUCUUCACUCUAGGCUCCACCGACCAAGAACACCAACAACCCGACACGAAUCGCCCAAACCAAACACUCCCCCCGGACACCUUGUUUUGGUACAAGCCCGGAAGCGUCGAGCUAUGGCAGCCCCAACAGCACCAACAACAAUCGCUAUUUCAAGCGCGGUCUCACAACAACAACAACAACAACAAUCUGUACUCGGAUGAAUCCUCGUCCAGAUCCGGUAAUUUAAUGAUGAUUAGCUCCGGAUCAGGCGGAGGGGGAAUCAGCUGCCAAGACUGCGGCAACCAAGCCAAAAAAGACUGUACCCAUAUGCGAUGCAGGAGUUGCUGCAACACCCGAGGCUUCCCUUGCCAGACCCAUGUCAAAAGCACUUGGGUCCCUGCCGCCAAGCGCCGUCAGCGCCAACAAAAACUCGCCGCCUUACAAACCCAUCCCAAACGCCACACAGAUUAUAACAUCCCCACCACCAACACUUCUGGGUUAGAAAUUGGGAAUUUCCCGGCGGAAUUGAACUCCCCGGCUGUAUUCCGUUGCGUUCGUCUCAGCUCCACCGACGACACCGACGAUCAAUACGCAUAUCAAACGGCAGUGAACAUCGGAGGACAUGUUUUCAAGGGAAUUCUAUACGAUCAAGGACCCGAAAAUAAUUAUCUUCCCGGUGAGACCUCGUCCGGCGGCGGUGGUGGGUUGCAACCACUGAAUUUCAUCGCCGGUGCCGCCGAUGCCAACGCUGCUUCCUCCGCCGCAUUACCCUUACUCGAUCCCUCUUCGUUAUACUCAGCGCCGCUCAAUAGCUUCAUGGCGGGUACGCAAUUCUUCCUACCACCAAGAUCCUAAAAAAAAAAAACUUAUCAUAUUUUCAUUUUCACUUUUUUUUUUCCAUUUCCGUUGAUUAUUUCUGCAUAUCCUGAAAAUUUGUAGUGAAAAAAAGAAAACCCUUCACAAAAUCGGGGAAUAAUGUGGAAAUGUUUAUUUGUUUUUACAUUAAAUUAAAGGUUUGGGUUCAAAUUUCAAUGCGUAGUUUGGAACAUACAAAAUUAUUGUUGUUGAAAUCCAAAGCCGUUUUUGUGUA